UCGCUGAUUACCGCUCCUUUUUGGCAUCUUUGGGUAUCUCUAGAGCAAACUCUGGCUCUUAUUAAGGUUUUGGCAACUCUGUUUACCAUGAGUGCAAGUCCAAAGUAUGUUGGAGUCCCCUGGAAGUCUGCGCCCUUUGGGCUUGGUGUCAUUAUUCUCGCUACACCGAUCACUGUUUCAGCCUGGCGGAACGCUACCGUCUGACACAGGUCUGCUGGGGGAGUGUGACCUGAAUGAGGGGAGUUAAAGGAGCAGGAGCUGAAUGAGGACAGCGCAACGUGGAGGCGCUGAAGUAGAUUUAAAUGGAGAAGAAGGAGGAAGAUAGGCCGGAGAUUUGUGAAGGUUCCGGAUCGGUCAUGUACUGAGAAAGUAUAUUAAAGAAGAAUAAAAUCUCCACUCUCAACUAUGGCACGCAUCACUUUUUGAUAGAGCUGUCCGUGAUAAACAAUAAAUGCCAACGGUGACGUGGGAGCAGCUCAAUGCUGCCUUGCUGGAAAAAUCCUCUCUAAUGAAAAGAAAGACACCUGAGUGCAUGAAACACACGUAAAUGCAGCAUAAUGCCUUCAAAGGUCUCCUGCUUGUACAUCCUGACGGUUGUUUGCUGGGCAAGCGCUCUCUGGUAUCUGAGCAUAUCGCGGCCGUCGUCCUCCUACGUGACGCAGCUGACCAUACCCGUUCGGAAGGUCCCGAAACAGAGCAACAUCACAUUCACCAACAUCCGGACGCGCCCCUUGAACCCGCACGCAUUUGACUUCAUCAUCAAUGAACCCAAGAAGUGCGAGGCGGAAGCCCCCUUCCUCGUCAUCCUCAUCAGCACCACGCACAAGGAGUUUGACGCCCGGCAAGCCAUCCGAGAAACAUGGGGGGACGAAGGCGGCUUGAGCGACAUCCGAAUCAUCACACUCUUCCUGCUGGGCAAGAACACGGAUGCUGUCCUCAACCAGAUGGUGGAGCAGGAGAGCCAGAUCUUCCAUGACAUCGUGGUGGAAGACUUCAUCGACUCCUAUCACAACCUCACACUUAAGACCCUCAUGGGCAUGAGGUGGGUGGCCACCUACUGCCCCAAGGCCAAGUAUGUUAUGAAGACGGACAGCGACAUCUUUGUCAACAUGGACAACCUGGUCUACAAGCUGCUGAAGCCUUCCACUAAGCCCAGGAGACGGUACUUCACGGGAUAUGUGAUCAACGGGGGGCCCAUCCGGGAUAUGCGCAGCAAAUGGUACAUGCCCCGAGACUUAUACCCCGACAACAAAUACCCUCCUUUCUGCUCGGGCACUGGCUAUGUGUUUUCGGCUGACGUGGCCGAGCUCAUAUACAAGACGUCCCUCCACACGCGUCUUCUGCACCUUGAGGACGUCUACGUAGGGCUGUGUCUGCGCAAAUUAGGCAUCCACCCCUUCCAGAACAGCGGCUUCAACCACUGGAAGAUGGCCUACAGCCUCUGUAGGUACCGCCGAGUCGUCACAGUGCACCAGAUCUCCCCCGAGGAAAUGCACAGGGUCUGGAACGACAUGUCCAGCAAGAAGCACCUCAGAUGUUAACAGCUCCAGGCAGGACAAAAGCAAACUAUUGCCUCUUUUUCUAUUUAUUUGUCAAUAUCCGAAGGGGUCGAAGGUGGAUUUCUUUUGUUCUAAUUUAGUUGUAUAGUUAAACCAUUCAGAAGUGCACUGGAGGUCACGGUGAAGCUUGUGGAGUUCUCACGUAUUUUAACUAUGACGUACAAUCGAGCAUUAACACACAACCAGGUUAUGGUUUGUGUUGAUUGUGUUGCACAGAGGUGCCGGCCGACCAACCACUACGAGGAGCUGAAUCCUGGACACACGCCCAUGUUAAGGCUGUAGGCACAGGCAGACUCCCAACAGAAUAUGGCACAAGUCCAUACAUAUACGAUAAAACAGCAGCUAAUGUAUUGCCAGAUUAGCCAAGUAAUACGGAAAAACCAAUGGCCACCCACAUGCUCAUUGAUUUUAUACUCGUGUAGGCUUGUUACUGGGGUUUAUGUACAUGCCUUCUAGUAACAUUGUAAUGAGGAUGAUCUUUAUUACUCUGUGUUAAAGAGAACACAGUAAAAGCAGAGUGGGAACCUGAAUAGCGUACGUACCUGAAAAGCUCACUUCCUGUGUGGUCCGUCACUGCCGACCUGGCCCUACCCCCUACAGACCUACUGUACGUGUCCUGAAAUUAUAAAUCUGUAAGCUGUCAGUGUGUGACUCACUCAAAUGAAAGGCCCUGAUGUAUUCACUGUAGAGGCAAUGAAUUGUGUCGAUGGAACAAUAGAGUGAAUGUGUUCUGGGGAAGAGAUAUGAAACCUGUAAAUUAAGCAUCAUUUGCAUUUUAGAUAUAAGGCACUGUUUUCAAUAUGCAAAUUAUUUUCUUACUUUUCUGUAAAUGGUAGUGAACUCUCUGUUCUUGCUUCAGAUCCUACUCUUUGUACUACCUUUUGUGUACAAAGCUGUGUCUAUGUAAUAUAUACAUAAAUAUGUUUAUAUAUCCACAUAUAUAUGUAUAUAUCAAAAAAAGGAAUUUUACGUUGUAUAGAGUAAACUGGAAUUGUUUACAUUCACAAAUGAAUGUAUUAUUGUGUAUAGUAACCUAUCAUUCUGUACACAGUCACCGCUUCAGAAAUUAUUGCAAAAAAUAAAUAUAUUUUGUAUAAUUUGAGCCAGAUAGAGGAUGGUCUUAAUUGAGACAUUAGAAUAGAGUGAGAUAUGUUCAACCAUGUGUUUUUCUAAUUCUCUGGUAUUCAAAGCUGUUGUAAUAUUUUAAUGUGUAAACAUUAAUUUAAAAAAGGAA